AUGCAGACUGCUUCUACAAACAUUUGUGAAAGACUGUGCAAUAUGUCCAUCCGUGAAAUUUCCUUGAUACUAAAUAUUACAUGGUCAACUGUUAGUGGUAUUAUAACAAAGUGGAAGCAAAUGGGAACAGCAGCAACUCAGCCAUGAAGUGGUAGGCCACGUAAAAUGACAGAGCUGGGUCAGCACAUGCUGAAGCUCAUAGUGCGCAGAAGUCGCAAACUGUUUGCAGAGUCAAUAGCUAAAAACCUCCAAACAUUGUGUGGUCUUCAGAUUAGCACAAC